AUGGCAAAAGAAGAGGAAGACGAAGUAAUACCAUCGUCUAGUGAUGCCAUUAUUGCAUCACUGAUUAACGAAGUACGCAAAACGAAUGAGCCGUUCGAUAUGAAAAGUCUAAUUGGUGGGAAACUCGAAGUUACGACAAAAAGAGAAGCAAGAAGUGAUGAAACUCUUUCAUCAUUACAUGGAUACUGCAAGAAGUUAAAACGUCACAGGGACAAAAAAUCAAAAAAGAGCAAGAAGUCGAAGUAUAAAUUACAAUCCAAGUCAAAGUCACCAUCACGCAAAAGGAAAAAACAUCGAAGCCAUAGUCACUCUACAAGUAUAGAGAGUAAAACUUAUCAUGGAAAUACUGAAAAAUUUGUCACUUAUACUAUACCACCAUCCGUUGAAGCUGUUAUGGAAAAGAUCUCAGAUGAUGAGGAUGAUCUUCCUGUUGGUGCAGACUUUCUCAGUGUUAAUGCUAGUAGUUCAAAAAUGGAUGGAAAAAGUACAUCAUUUCAAGUUAUACCUAAUGUUGCACAAAAUAAAACAAAAGAGUUUAAUGUUAAUGAAGAAGUAUUUCCUUUGGCUAAGAAGAAAAAGAAGUCAGAAAGUCCACCUGUAUUGAAGAAACCCCGCCCAUUAUCGGAAAUUCUAGCGAAGGUACGAGCUGAAAGAGACAAUACAUUUGUACCACGUAAUAUCAAAUUGAAGCAAGAAAAUGGAAAAAGUGUUAGUGAGUCAACUACAGAUGUGGUCAGUCAUAUAAUUCCAAAGAACGAUGGUGCUAGACAUGAUGACGUUGAGUAUGGACCAAGGCCAGUGGAAGCUCUUCGAACGCAGCCAAUCUCUGAAGACGAGGAUGAAUUGCAGUUAUCUCCUCUUAAAGUAAAGCAAACUGAAGCUUCAAAAUUCAUUAAAAUCGCCACUAUAAGCAAGGUACUAUUUGGUGAUGAGAAAAGAGGUCAAAUGGGAAAAGAUGGAGAAAUCGCAGUAAGUGAUACAAGUGCGGAACCUUCUUUUUCAAAUGAUGAUACUGUUGAUGAACUGGUUGCUGAAAAACAUUCAAAAUUGGAACGAAGAAUGAGUGGUAAUGAAAAUGAAAUAAAAAGAAAAACAGAUGAAAGGAAAAGGAAGAAAGAAAGCAGAGAUAAAAAGCAUGGGAAGCGAUAUUCAAAGCGCAACAGUUCGUUGUCAUCGGAUAGUGAAAAGGAAUGGAAACUUUUAGAAAAGAAAAACAAAGUGAAGGAGCAUUCACGAUACUCAGGACGAGAAUUUGACAAGAUUCGUAGGCGGCCUGGCAGUUUUUAUGUACAAUCAUAUUACGUAGACAGUAAUAAAAGAGUGCAUGAAGGUUCGAAAUGGCAGUGGAAUCGUGGAGAAAAAGAUGUAAAAGAAAAAACUAGUACACUUUCUAUGCAUACACGUUCGAAAGGCUGGAGGCAAAUUCGUUCUCUGAAGAGUCCUUAUAUGGAACGUAAGCGAAAGCGAUCACCAUCAAGUUCAUGCUCACGUUCACAUUCACGCACAAGGUCAUUAUCAAGUACUUCAUCACGAAGCUCUCAUUCAUCUCACUAUCGUAAAGUCCGAAGCUCUUAUCGUGGUCACAAUCAUUAUUAUUAUCAUCGUGAUCGGGAAAGUAACAGUAAAAAGCGAAGUGACGAUGAAUCAUAUAGUCAUAAAAUUGACAAAAAGAAGUUACUGGAGAUUGCACAAAGAAAUGCAGCUCAAAUGGCACAACUCGGUUAUUUACCAAAUACUUCUCUUGAAACAAAAGCCCAACUGAAAGCAGGCGGACAAUCUGUCGAUCAACUUGUUGAUUUUUGUCAGAGAUUACAGCGGUCACAAGAUAAGGCUGCACGACGUGAGAAAGGAGAGGCCGUAUCGAGUGAUGAAGACUUAGCACCAAGGAAGAAAAGAGGUGAAGAUGAUACUGAUUUCCUGAAACAUCCUUUUGCUUUGAAACCUGCUGCUCCAAUUACUAUUAACAUUCCGAACUCUAUUCCACUUCCAAUUAAAACACCUGCGCAGAGGACGUUAGAAGAAAGUCAGUUACGUAUUACUUAUCCGGUUUCUUCAGGGGCGCAGCACCGAGAAAAGGACAAUGGAUGGAUACCAGUUAAAAAGGAGGAAAUACCAUCAGUUUGUAGUCCAAUGCAGAAAGCGAGAUUGGCUUCAGUCUCUAAGGAAAAUGAAAAGAUCUUCAAUACAUUUGAAAUCGUAGCUGCCAGAUCAUUCGUCCUGCCUCCACCUCCAACACCGCCAAUAUUGGCGUCGUUUACGCAGUCUGCCUCUUCUUUGUUGAAUUUGCCUCCACCUCCGCCACCACCUGAUUUGUUUUCUGGUUCUUGCAACGCUUCACAGAAUCAACAACAGAAAUCUUCUCUUGGCUUAAACUAUGGUAAUGUUGUCACAGUGCCAGAAGAAGAAUCUGUAUUCAGGGAACCAGAAUCCCUCCAUCAUACGCCGGCAAAUGUUGGCAGGGUGAUGGCAAAACGAAUAAAAGCAAGUAAGCUGUUAGCGAAAGAUCCGAAUGACUAUGAAGCAAGGCACCUGUUGAAAGAAGCUGAUGAUCAGAUAAGAGCAUGGGCUGAGAGUAAAAAGAAUUUACCUGGAAAAUUUACUGGAACCACCGGUGUGAAUAUAUUGAAAGCUGAUCAGCUUGGCCCGGAUGAUCCGCGCUUCAGUGUUUGGGCAAAAAAGGAUUUUUUGAAACAGACGAAUGCUGUAAACAGUGGUGUAGGUUUAAAGCUGAUGCAGAAAAUGGGUUGGACACCUGGUGAAGGCCUAGGGAAAGGAAGAGAUGGUCCUCUUGAGCCAUUAGUUUUGGACAUUAAAUCGGACAGAAAAGGUUUGGUAGCUUCGGAAGAACUUCCAGAAUUGAAGAAGUUACGCCCGAAUUUUGGGAAAAAUUUAGCUGGGAAGCAUCCGGUAUCUGUUCUUAUGGAACUUUGCUCGAAAAAACGAUGGCAUGCCCCACAGUUCACAUGUUUGGAGAGUGGACCAUCAAAUAACCGAAGAUUUCUUUGGAAGGCUGUUGUUAAUGGUGUUGAAUAUCAACCAUCAGUCCCAUCAACUAGUAAGAAAACUGGUAAAGCUCAAGCAUGUCAAGUGGUUCUUCAAUCUUUGGGUUUGGUUCCACGUGAUCCAUUGUUACCAAUCAUUUUAUGA